AUGAGUGCAGAUGAAAGAACGCGAUAUGACCGCCAGGUCCGUCUGUGGGGCAAAGCCACUCAGCAGCAGCUGCAGUUGACCGAGGUGCGUGUCAAUGGGGUGGCAUCCGCUACGGCAGAAGUCGCGAAGAACUUGGUGCUGGCUGGGGUGCGCUCGGUUGUGGUGGAAGACGAGUCCACCAUUGACGCCACGGAUCUAAAGACCAGCUUUCUCGUACAAGGCUGCGAUAUAGGUCAGAGUAGGGGAGGCGCGUCCACCAAACGGCUUCAGUCACUCAAUCCAUACGUCGCUGUUCACUUGGCCCAAAAUACGGACGGCGCGAGGGCAGUGACGACGACCGGAGCCCCAUUCCGUGUCACCAUCGCCCGCUUCAAAAGCAUCGCUGAGGCAUUCCAGGAAAUUCACAACCCACAAAACACAGUGACAGAUCUUGUGGUUCUUGUGGCGAAUCUUGGCUACCUCACAAUGGGUCUCCUGCUCCCAAGGAGAGGGAAGUUUCUAUACAAGGAACAGCUGAACUUGCUUCUCGAAACCAACGUUUCCUGCAGACCGGCCGUCUUUCAACGAUCAUUGCUGCUACUAAGGAUGAUGGAAUGCCCUGCUGGAUUGACCUUCUUUGAAAGACUUGCCUUUGCGAGUGGGGUCGUGGUUAAGCACAACCUUAAGCAACUGUCACGGGAGGAUGUGGAGUUCGCAGCUGGUGUAUCGCCUCAGCACUUAUCGGGUACUGCGAUUGAGUCGACUAUCGCAGGAGGAGUGAUUGCACAGCUCAUCAUUCACGAAGUCGGCUCUGCAAAGGCUGCGCUUCCCUCCAACGAAAGCUAUGCGUGGGCCGUGUGCAACAAUAACGGAGCUACAAACGUCCAGGUGGGACAUCUGCUCCCUCGGUAG